CUUUUCGGUUUUAUCAUCUCCCAUGUUGGAUUGUGUGCUUUAGUUGCUGCGUACGCCGUACUUGGAGCAUUUAUGUUUCGUGAAAUUGAAUAUCCCGAAGAACUAAAAUUUCAGGGACACAUCGAAAACGAUACAUGGACGGUAGUAAGUGAACUGUAUAGGUUUAUCGAUUCCAGCAAUGUAAUCGAAGAGGCUGAAGUGAAAAACAAAGCGCACCAGUUACUCAAAGUUUUCGAAUUACAACUUGUUAAUGCUGUUAACUUUGAAGGCUAUGAUGAUAAAGAUGUUAUAACACCAAAUUAUCAGUGGACAUUUUCUGGUGCUUUAUUAUUUUCUAUUACUGGUACGGGCACAUCUGUCCGAAGACGCCUUUGGGGCGUGGCAUGA